UACAGUUUCAUUCCGAGUUCGUACUCCUUAACGGUCAGUAUAAGGACUGUGAGGAACCGUCAGUACAAAGUCAAACUGCAAUUGCAUGUGUUAUUGUCAGUAUUUAUUUUAUUGUUCCGAAGUUUACUGCAACUCUGAAAAAUCAAUUAAAAUGGUUCAGUUAUUUUAAAUGAUGAAUUUGAGUGAGUUUUAGAAUCUGCUCUUUUAGUCAUGAAGUAUAAACAGUUCGAUUUGAGCGAGAAUCCCCUGGGGAAUCAGCAGGACGUCAUGAAGGUUAAAGAGAGAAGGAAGAAAAAAGUUAAAGACGACAUUCUAAGGAAUGAAGCUUUCCUCGUCGACAAAGAUGGGGAAGACGACAUUCAAGUGGAAGAUGACGAGAUAAAUUUUGAAGAAAAUCUCGGGAACAUUCUCAAAGCUGGUGAACCCAAAAGAACCGGUCCUGGCGAUGUGUACGGUAAGGUUCGAGGGAAUUCUCUCGGCCGCGGCCUGGACGAAUUGGAUUUCUCGGACGACGAUGCCACCCCUCUCACAGAACCUAUUUACAACGGAAGUCAACGGAGCUAUAUGGAGCAGAAGGGAUGGGAUGUUUUCAGAGAUCUCCCCCCGGAGCAAGAUUCAAGCUCCGAGGUGUCGAAGAAGUGGUUGGGGAUCACGGUCAAGAUCUUGAAGGUGGUGGCCUACAUGUUCACCUUCAUCGUAGUUCUAGUGUGCGGCGUGGUGACAAAGGGAACUACGCUUUUUAUGACAAGUCAGCUGUCGUUGGGCCGGUCCUAUCCUUACUGUAAUCACAAGAUUGCGCGCCAAUAUAAUUAUGUGGCAAAAAUCUCCACUGAAGAACGUGUUGCUUGGACCUGGUGCCUAUUCUUUGCUUUCCUUGUCCCAGAAAUAGGAACCCUGAUUCGAUCGAGUAGGAUCUGUAUCUUUAAAUCCUGCCGGAGGUCGUCCUUCUCCGACUUCCUGGUAGUGUGGGUGUUUGAAUCCCUCCACGUGGUUGGGCUGGCUCUACUCUUCUUCGUAGUGCUACCUGACCUUGAUGUUGUCAAGGGGGCGAUGCUGACGAAUUGUGUUGCCUUUAUUCCUGCAAUUCUAGCACUGGGAUCCCGGCACCAAAAGGAGUCCCGCAGAGCACUGAAGACGGUGAUGGAUAUUAUAGCCAUUGCAGCUCAGGCCACUGGGUUCUUCAUGUGGCCAAUGGUAGAGGGGAACAAUGGCAACUUCUCAACCUGGACAGUACCAAUUGCAAUCUUUUUAGUCUCAGCAGGAUGGUGGGAGAACUUUGUUGACCGGCGCUCUCCCCUUGCUCCCAUUAAAACUCUUGGGAAGCUAAAAGAUAGAUUGAAGAAAACAAGAUAUUUUGUCUACUCUUUCAUCUCUGCAUGGAAGAUGGCUCUGUUUUUCUCUGCUAUGCUUCUGUUCCUACACCUCAACGGGUCCCCCAUUGGACCCCUGUUCUCUAAGUUCCAGGAUGGGUUUGGAGUUCAUAAGAACAAUGUUACCCGAGUUCUGGACCAGUCUGCUGUACUUGUUGAUGUUCCUUAUCAGGAGCAAUUGGAGGAGAUCAUUAAGAUAGAGUCCUGGAAACACAGUCCAUUUCAUGUCCUUCUGAUACAAGUGGUUGCAGCCUACUUAGCCUACAUCUUUGGCAAGUUUGCUUGUAAAAUCUGCAUUCAGGGAUUCUCCUUUGCAUUCCCUGUCAACCUAACCAUUCCUGUAGCUAUAUCCCUUCUCAUUUCUGCAUGUGGACUCAGAACUGCAGAUCCCUGUUUCUUCCAGAACACAAUACCUGACUACCUGUACUGGCAGUGCCCUAAGGGAGAUUUUCUUGAUAACUUUAUUUCUCAAGAGCAUGCUUGGAUCUGGUUGAUAUGGCUUCUUUCACAAACAUGGAUAACCCUGCAUAUCUGGUCCCCACAGUGUGAGAGAUUGGCAUCAACAGAGAAGUUGUUUGUUACACCCAUGUACUGUGGUUUAUUGAUUGAUCAAUCUCUAUGCCUCAACAGACGCAGAGAUGAUGAAGGGGAAGUGAAGACAGAAGAACUUGAGUUGGAUAGGGUUGGAAUGGAGGAUAAUGAUAUAUCUCAGUAUUAUGAAACUAUUUCAAUACACACAGAGUCAAGUCAACCAUCCAAUACAAAAACCAAAACUAGUGAUAGCAUCACUCGUAUCUAUGCUUGUGCUACUAUGUGGCAUGAGACCAAGAGUGAGAUGAUGGAGAUGAUGAAAUCACUAUUUAGAAUGGAUGAAGACCAAAGUGCAAGGAGGGUGGCUCAAAAGUACCUUAAGGUUGUAGACCCUGACUAUUAUGAGUUUGAGACCCAUAUCUACUUCGAUGAUGCUUUUGAACUUUCUGAUGUCAGUGAUGACUGGAAUCAAGUAAAUCAGUUUGUACGGGAUUUUGUUGCCUGUGUUGAUGAGGCUGGAUCCUAUAUCCACAUGACCAACAUUCGUCUACGCCCACCAAAGAAAGUUCCCACUCCGUAUGGAGGCCGACUUAUCUACACUUUACCAGGAAAAACUAAGAUGAUUGUGCAUUUGAAGGACAAAUCUAAGAUUAGACAUAAGAAGCGUUGGUCUCAGUGCAUGUACAUGUACUACCUCCUCGGACACAAGCUUAUGGAACUCCCCAUCUCCGUAGAUAGAAAAGAGAUCCUGGCUGAAAACACCUACUUACUAACCUUAGAUGGAGACAUUGAUUUCCAACCGGAUGCUGUUACCCUACUUGUUGACUUGAUGAAGAAAAAUAAGAUGCUUGGAGCUGCUUGUGGGCGUAUUCACCCUGUCGGUUCUGGUCCUAUGGUCUGGUAUCAGCUCUUUGAGUACGCUAUUGGUCAUUGGCUGCAAAAGGCAACUGAACAUAUGAUUGGAUGUGUUAUGUGCUCGCCAGGAUGUUUCUCCCUUUUCAGAGCUAAGGCACUAAUGGAUGACAAUGUGAUGAAGAAAUAUACUACCAAGUCUGAGGAGCCCCGCCACUAUGUGCAGUAUGAUCAAGGUGAAGACAGAUGGCUCUGUACUCUGUUAUUGCAGAGAGGAUAUAGGGUGGAGUACUCAGCUGCUAGUGAUGCCUACACCCACUGUCCUGAAGGGUUUAGUGAGUUUUUCAAUCAACGUAGACGCUGGGUGCCUUCAACAAUAGCCAACAUUUUUGACCUUCUGAUGGAUUACAAGAAAACAGUUAAGAUAAACGACAAUAUCUCAUUACCCUAUAUAUGGUAUCAAGCUAUGUUAAUGAUGGGAACUGUGAUUGGACCCGGAACCAUAUUUCUUAUGUUGGUAGGAGCAUUUGUCGCUGCUUUCAAGAUAGGAAACUGGCAAUCUUUUCAGUACAACCUAAUCCCGAUUGUGAUCUAUGUCGCUGUAUGUCUCCUGUGUGAAGCUAAAUGGCAGCUUCUGUUAUCCCAGUUCUUGUCCACAUUCUAUGCCCUAAUAAUGAUGGCUGUGAUAGUGGGAACUGCGUUGCAGUUGGGAGAGGAUGGACUUGGAUCUCCAUCUGCUAUCUUCUUGAUUGCAAUGGUGGGAUCAUUCUUCAUAGCAGCUUGCCUCCAUCCUCAGGAGUUCUGGUGUGUUGUGCCUGGUCUUAUCUACCUCCUCUGCAUCCCAUCUAUGUACUUGCUCCUCAUCAUCUACAGUAUCACCAACCUUAAUGUUGUCUCCUGGGGAACAAGGGAGGUUGCUGUUAAGAAAACUAAAAAGGAACUUGCCGAGGAACGGAAAGAAGCUGCUGCAAGUGCUAAGAAGUCAAAGAAGGAAGGAAUCUGGGGACUGAUCAAGGGAGCUGAUGCCGAGGGGGAUGAUGAGGGUGGAGUGGAUAUCUCCCUUGGUAAUGUCAUGAGAGUCAUGCUGUUCACCCACAAGAAGGAGUCCCAGGACAGGGAGCAGUUGAUCAGGAUUGCAGAUACCUUGGACAACUUAACAAAACGUCUAGACCACAUAGAGAAUGUUAUUGACCCACACAGCACAUCUGGACCCAAGCAGAGAAGAAAAAGCUCAAGGAUGUCUCUACGUGGGGACCCUAUGAACGCUGUGUCAGAGGGUGGGGAAAGUAUGGAUAUGGAUACUGAAGAAGAUGCAUCCCAGACUACUGAGCCUAAGGAGGAGAGAGAUGAUCUGAUAAACCCGUUCUGGAUUGAGGAUCGGGAUCUCGGCCGAGGAGAGGUUGAUUAUCUCUCCGGAGCAGAGAUCACGUUCUGGAAAGAUUUGAUUGAGAAAUAUCUGCAUCCUCUGGAUGCUGACAAAGCGAAACAGGAAAAAUUGACCGCUGGCCUGAAGGAGCUGAGAAACCAGUCUGUGUUCUUCUUCUCCGUGUUCAACGCGUUGUUCGUGUUGAUCGUGUUCAUGUUGACACUCAACAAGGAUAUCCUCUACAUCAAGUGGCCCUGGGGCGCCAAGGAGAAUAUUACACUAACUGAAGAUGGUCAGCUGUUGGUUCACACUGAAUACCUUCACCUGGAGCCGAUUGGUAUCGUUCUAGUUUUCUUCUUCUUCGCUAUUGUCGUGAUUCAGUUUAUUGCUAUGCUGUUCCAUAGGUUUGGUACAAUUUCUCAUAUUCUGGCCUCCACUGACCUAAACUGCUGUGAAGCUAAGGAGGAUGUUCUCUCUGAUGAGGCCUUGAUAGAGAAGAAUGCAGUUGAGAUUGUGAAACAAAUGCAGAGAUUGAAGGGACUGGACGAUGAAUAUGAUAGUGAUAGUGCCGCCAGUAAUAGGCUUCAAACUAGGAGAACGAUUCACAAUCUAGAGCGCACUCGACAGAAGAAGCGCGCGAUUGGAACCCUGGACGUUGCGUUCAAGAAGCGAUUCUUUGCGCUAUCAGGGGAGGAAGAUCCGCUAAUCAACAAUGAGCACAAAGUUAACCAAACUCCUAUCCUGGGUGCAAAGCAUCAUCCAAUGCGUAGAGAAACUAUUAAAGCUCUAGAACACGCCAGGGACAAUCUUAUCAGUGAACGUAAGCAGUCUAAGAUGCAAACCCUGGGUGCAUCUAACCCGCACAACAACAACAAGGAGAAACAUAGACCAGGGACUAGGAUUACAGGGGAGACUGUAGAAAGGGUCUUCACGCCUAAUGGAGGGUUGGAUAAUCAGGGAUUUGAAGGAGGGCCGUCCAGUAAUACAGACGACGAUUCCUCGUCAACAACCAGGAACUCAAACCGUUUACCCACAUAUAGGAUUCCAGAUAGAAACCUAUCCUCCUCAGACCAGGGUAUCAGCAGUUCCAGUGCUACAAGCAAGAUGUGAUAUUAGAAUCAGUGUUUAUCAUUUUAAAUCAUUUUAAUAAUUAUCCUGUGAUUUUAACCAGUUCCAAUACUGCCCCUUGCCAGUCGUCUUCAUUUAAUGAAUUUCUCGGGUUUUAAAAUUUAAACCUGAUGUGUAACUGUAUACUUGUUAAAUGUACUCUACCGGAUUUUACCAAUUCCAGCGCUGCCGCUUUCCAGUCGUUUUCAUCUUAUGAAUUUCCCGCGUUUUUUCUAAAAAAGCUUUUUGUACUGUUCACGUGUUCAGUGUACUGUACUAGUUUCGACCACGUAUUUGUUUUACUCGAAUUAAUUUUAGUCAAAUUGUAACUUUUAAACACUAUGUGGAAUUUUAUACAUAUUGUAGUCAUGUAUUUUAGUAUAUAAUAAUUAUAACAAUGAUAAUAAUUGUUUAUUAUUUUUAUUGCUAUAUCUUACAAUCGCCGCUCAAUUAUGCCAUUUCAUCAGGGCCUCUUCUGAUGAAUGAAGUCAACAAGCUAGUAAAUGAAGGAUACAAAUGUGGUGAAUUAAUGAAUGUUUUAAAACUUAACUAUAAACUUGUAUGUAAGAAUGAAUGAAGUCAACAAGCUAGUAAAUAAAGGAUACAAAUGUGGUGAAUUAA